AUGAGCUUCUACCCCAACCAAACCACAUCCGUGAUCAUUCCGGCCGAUUUGGAACCUAUCCACACAGGUCGACUGUACCUACGACUGCUGACAGUGGCUGACGCCGCGGCCAUCUUUGAGAUCCGACGACGACAAGAUGUGGCAGAUUGGCUCUGGCCCAGAGUCCCCCACAAAGACAUAUCAGAGUCCGAGGCCAUCAUUGCUAACAAGACAUUCACAACACCAGACGCGUCAGGUACUGUUGGGCGGAAAUUCUUCUUUGCUAUUAUCCGCUCCGAUGAUCCAUCGCAGAGGGUUAUUGGAGCAGCGGGGAUCAAUGCUCUUAGCCCAGCCCCAUCAGUUGGGUACAAUAUACAUCCUGACUUCUGGGGCAAGAGCUAUGCCACCGAGGCAGUUGCUGGUAUCAUAGAUGCAUGGUGGAAGCUGGACAGAAUGGGGUUCGAGGGGACUGUACCAGAUCUCAAAAAAGAGAAGCUGUUCGCGGCGUGCAAUAAAGCUAAUAUUGGUAGCGUGAAAGUGCUGCAGAGGACUGGGUUUAGUAUCUACCACGAGCAGUCGAUCGAGGAAAUGGUCAUGGAAUAUGGCACCGACCCCUCAAGAGAUUUGAGAGAAAUGCGCAAUAUGGAGCCCUUGCGAGAACUUGUCCUUAGUGAUAUGGCACCGUCAACUUUUUACACCCUUAAGCCUACUCUCCGGAAUCGGAGAGGGCCAAAUGUCAACCAUGCCAAAUUGGUUAUCCAAGGAAAGGCGACCAAGCUAAGACGAGAAAUCUCUCUGAGAUCUCAUAUCGAGGAAGUCUCUGAAGCCAUGAAGUGUAUUUCUUUGAAGAAAGAUGACGUGGAAGAUGACGAGGUACUAUCACGACAUGUCAGUGGCCUGUGGAGGAGAAAGCACUCUCGGCCCCCAGAUAUGUGA